AUGGACCCAAGCAGAGUGUUGAGAGAUAGGCCAAUGAGCGUGGUAUCGAAAAAACCCUUUGCCGACUUGUAUAGAGAGUCGACAGCUAAACAUAGAGGCACCUUUGGAGGUUUUGCAUCAUGGUCGUUUAAUAGACACACAUGGCAAAAAGGUGAAUUGUUGAUAGAGUCAACUGGGGAAGUAUUAGGGAACAGCAGGAUAUUAUUGACUAGUGUUCACGGUUGUAAAAUUACACUCAUUGAGGGGGAAAUGACAGUCAAGGUCAAUAAUGAAAUUUGGUUCAGGUUUUUCGAAUGGUUGAAAUUUGUAGAUUUUAUAUCUGCCCUAAUAUCUUGGUCCAAUGCUACCAUGCCGGGAAUACUUUCUAAGUGGAAAUCAUGUGAAGGUUUACGAAACGAUAUACAAAUGUCUUGUCCAGUGGAACUACUGGUUGACGACAAAUGUUGGAGCAAAGUGGAUUGCCUACUAGCCAACGGUUUACUCAAAAUAGGUGAUGAUAACGUUGAUAUCACUGCCUUGUACGUUUCGGAGAUACUCCCUGUUGAUUAUUCAGUUUUUGGAAAACAAUGGGUUAUUUAUGUGGGGGAAUUGAGAGAGCUGAGAGAGCAACACAAGGUUCCAAGUACCAACGAAGGAUACCUUUAUAUGAAAUUUGAUAACGAAGAGCUAUUUGAGAAAUGGUUGCGCAUUCUACGAGAAUAUGCACGACAGGAAUAUAUCGGCAAUGAAGAGAACCGAUUGAGUUUAUACCAAGUCAUGAAUUUAGAGAUAAUCGAAGCUACUCUAAAAGUUCAAGGUAGCCUUUAUUGCGAAAUUGUCAUGUGGGACAAGGUAUGGUUUAAAACUUGUUUGGUUGACACCAACAACAGUAUCUUCUGGAAAGAGAUGUUUCAAAUGCGUCUUCCAAUAUGCAGAAACCAUAGCGUGAAAAUCCUGAUAAAGAGACACACCGAUGGUGCUUGCUCUGAUCAUGAAAACGACGAAGAUUAUGAAGAGGAGGACGUUGAUGAAAUUAUUGGGACUUGUUAUACACAUUUACAUGGGGCAGAAGAUCAAUAUUUUCAUAAACUAACCAUCAAAAAUUUACAGAACCAGAAUAUAGGGGAAUUAGUUGUUAAUAUUACUGUCAACGAAACAAUUGUUUUGCCAAGCGAAAAGUAUACAAACUUUGAAACAAUGUUGAAAAACUCAUCAAUGGAAGAGUUGAUCACAUUUUUGGAACCACAGGUUGAAACCAAGAAUGUUGAGCUCAUAUCCUCCAUAUUAGUUGAUGUCUACUAUAAUAUGGGGGAAAUAAGUGAAUAUUUCGAGGUAUUACUGAACUAUGAAUUGAAUGAAUCCACGCAGAGUUCUUUGCAACAGAAAUCUUACAAAUACAAUACUAUUUUCAGAGGCAAUUCUCUAUUAUCCAAGUCGCUCGAACGAUAUACCUUAGAUAUAGGACAGACCUAUUUAAGUGAGUUGUUUUCCGAUAUAAUAAGGAAAAUUGAACUGGAAAAUAAAGACUGCGAUUGCUAUUUCAAGAAUGAAUCAAGAGAGGUGAACUAUCAGCAUCUACUAGAAUAUCUAGAGUUGUUUUGGCUUAGAAUCUCAAGUACAACGAAUGAUAUACCUGAGCCACUGAAAAAUGAAUGGAAAAAAUUGAGAAACAAAGUUGAGCUAUCUGUUGAUUUAAAGGAUGACACAAUUGUUUAUAAUGCUCUCUGUUCAUUUAUUUUUCUUCGAUUCUUAUGUCCAGCGAUACUAAACCCCAAACUGUAUGGAAUUUCCUCAUCCCAUUCAAACUCACGCGUAUCAAAGACAUUGGUGACUAUAUCUAAGGUGCUAAUGACAUUUGCAAAUUGUUCCACAUUCCAGGAACACAAGGAUCCUUCCCUUUUAUCAUUGAACGAUGAUUUUAUCAACGUUCAUAAGGAAGAGAUUUUUGUUUAUUAUGAUAAAGUGACACACAGGAAAAUGGACUUUGCGGAGAAAAGACUGCAGAAUGUUAAUGUGAUUAAAAAAUCCGACGACCAAACGUUACAGCUAGCUAGAUUGAUAGAUUUUAUUAAUAAAUAUGAUUCGGCUUCAUCACCCGUUGAGGAAUACCAGAUCAGUGAUUUACAGGUGGAUGAUGAUUUUUUAACUUCUUUCAUUAAGGAUGACGGGUGUACAUUCAAUGAUAUAAUAGAGCACAAGUUCUCAUUUGCCGAUGUUCAGAAACAAGUUGCUUAUUUGUGCCAAGAGCGUGAUUCUCUUGUAAGAGACUUACAAAGGGGUGGUGAUCCAAUUUUGGAUGUUGAUAUUGUGAAUAAUAUUCGAGUAAGGAGAGGAGAGGUGGUGUUUGAUGGUAAGGGUGGAGAAACAAUUGACCGUAUAAUUAACUCAUCGAAUAAGAUCAAACGUCAAUCUUUGGCUGCUGUACCGAGAUCGGAGAGUAGGGAUUUUGAGAAAGACAAAGAAAGAGACAAGAAAUCAUUAUUUACCAAGCUUUUUCGUCGUAAGAGUACCAUACAAUAG